ACGCGAUUUGCUCGGCUCCCGAUGCGAUCAGGGCUUCCUCGGAGCUGAAAGGCGGUGCCUGGGCGGCUCUGGAGCGCCGGACCGAGCGUAAUUGGAAACCGGAGCUCCCUGCUACUUUCCAUUCGCGCUGAGGUGCUUUAUUCACCGGAAUAGGAGGAAGACGCUCCGGGCGCCUGGAGGGAAUAUUAUCCCAAGGAUUUUUCACCUCUGCCCAGACUGGGAGUUUACUUUCUACAGCCAGGAAAAAAAAAUUAGCUCUGGAAUUUGAAAGAGAGAGAGAGAGAGAGAGAGAGAGAGAGGUAUUGUUGCACAGAAGCCGGUAAACUGAGAGGCACUAUAAUGCCCCUUCGCUAUUGAGUGGCCGCCGGGUUUCAUAUUUGGAUAUUAAAUUCCACUUCUGAAGAUAAUGACAUUUCUCCACCUCCAAGUGUUGAUUGGGGUACUUGUUUGCUCAUGCCAUGUAAAUGGAUCCUCACAGCCUCAGGCCAGGGUGUUCUUAACAUUCAGUGAGCUUCAGGGAACCAAGACCUCUCAGUUCUAUGCUCUCUCCCACCACCCUUUAGACUACAGGAUAUUAGUGAUGGAUGAAGAUCAGGAUCGGAUCUAUGUGGGCAGCAAAGAUCACAUCCUAUCUUUGAAUAUCAAUAAUAUAAGUCAAGAACCCCUGAGCAUUUUUUGGCCAGCAUCAGCAAACAAAGUUGACGAGUGCAAAAUGGCUGGCAAGGAUCCUACUCAUGGCUGUGGUAAUUUUGUGCGUGUGAUCCAGAUUUUCAAUCGCACUCACCUAUAUGUCUGUGGGAGUGGAGCAUUCAGCCCUGUGUGUGCCUAUCUCAACAGAGGGCGAAGGUCUGAGGAGCAAGUUUUCAAAAUUGAUUCCAAAUGUGAAUCUGGGAAGGGACGUUGCUCUUUCAACCCAAACGUGAACACAGUCUCUGUUAUGAUCAAUGAAGAGCUGUUUUCAGGAAUGUAUAUUGAUUUCAUGGGGACUGAUGCUGCCAUUUUUCGUAGUUUAACCAGGCGGAAUGCAGUAAGAACUGACCAGCACAACUCCAAAUGGCUAAGUGAGCCGAUUUUUGUGGAUGCUCAUCUCAUCCCAGAUGGUACCGAUCCCAGUGAUGCUAAAGUGUACUUCUUCUUCAAAGAGAAAUUGACAGACAACAGUGGCAGCACUAAGCAGAUUAACUCCAUGAUUGCUAGAAUAUGUCCUAAUGACACUGGUGGGCAGCGUAGCCUUGUGAACAAGUGGACAACUUAUUUGAAAGCAAGGCUUGUGUGUUCAGUAAUGGAUGAUGAUGGAACAGAAACCUACUUUGAUGAAUUAGAGGAUGUGUUCCUGCUAGAAACUGAUAACCCUAGAACAACACUGGUCUAUGGCAUUUUCACAACAUCUAGUUCCGUUUUUAAAGGCUCAGCAGUGUGUGUGUACCACUUGUCAGACAUCCAGAGAGUAUUUAAUGGGCCAUUUGCACACAAGGAAGGCCCAAAUCACCAGCUGAUCCCCUAUCAGGGAAGAAUUCCUUACCCACGGCCUGGGACUUGUCCAGGAGGAGCGUUCACACCCAACAUACUGACAACCAAGGAGUUUCCAGAUGAUGUGGUCACCUUCAUCAGGAAUCACCCCUUGAUGUUCAAUUCCAUAUAUCCAGUCCACAGGAGGCCUCUAAUAAUUCGGACUGGCACAGACUAUAAAUAUACAAAGAUAGCUGUUGAUCGUGUUCAUGCAGCAGAUGGAAGAUACCAUGUCUUAUUUCUUGGAACAGACCAAGGAACAGUUCAGAAGGUUGUAGUCCUACCCGGCAAUUCCACAGCAAGUGGGGAGCUCAUAUUAGAAGAACUGGAAGUUUUCCAGAAUAAUGCACCUGUAACAACAAUGGCCAUUUCAUCUAAAAAGCAACAGUUGUAUGUGAGCUCGGAUGAAGGGGUGGCUCAAGUUUCUUUGCACCGCUGCCAUAUCUAUGGAACAGCCUGUGCUGAUUGUUGCCUUGCCAGAGACCCCUACUGUGCUUGGGAUGGCAAUUCCUGCUCCAGGUUCUACCCAACAGGGAAAAGGAGGAGCCGUAGACAAGAUGUGAGGCAUGGAAACCCUAUGACUCAAUGCCGAGGAUUUAAUCUAAAAGCUUAUCGUAACGCUGCAGAGGUCAUUCAGUAUGGAGUGAAGAACAACACCACUUUCCUGGAAUGCACACCUAAAUCACCACAGGCCUCUGUUAAAUGGCUAUUCCAAAAAGACAAUGACAGAAGGAAAGAGGUCAAACUUAAUGAAAGGAUCAUAGCAACUGAACAAGGGCUGUUGAUCCGCUCAGUCCAGGAGGCUGACAGAGGACUUUACCACUGCAUUGCAACAGAGAAUGGCUUCAAGCAGACAAUAGCAAAGAUCAACUUCAAGGUGUUAGAUUCAGAUAUGGUGGCCUUCAUGACUGACAAGUGGUCCCCAUGGACCUGGGCCAGCUCUCUUCAAGCUUUACAGUUUCAUCCAAAGGAUUUGGUUGGCACUUUCAGCCACUCGGAGCUGCAGAUGAUUAAUCAAUACUGCAAAGACACAAGACAGCUUGGGCAGCAGGCAGAAGAUUCUCAGAAGAUGAGAGGGGAUUAUGGGAAGUUGAAGGCCCUCAUCAACAGCAGGAAAAGUAGGAACCGAAGGAAUCAAUUACCGGGAUCAUAAAGUUUUUUGUCUUGGAACAUCAAACUUUUUUUCUUAUCCUCCCUUGAGGAGUUUUUAUUUGAUUGUUUUCCUGCUGAAAAAACAUAGCAAAGCAAGUCUGGUAGCAGCUUGUUCCAAUGAAAUGAAACCUAUCUAAGCUAAAGUGGAAAACCAAAUCAGACCCAAAGAGAUGUUGCUUGUGAAGUGCCCACUAGUACUAGAUCCAUCAUUAGUUUACCUAUAAGCCUGAUAAUUUGCCUUAACUCAGAUUUUCACUAGGAUGUUGUUGUCAUCAGUUGCCUUUUCCAAAGGAGUAAAGAGACAAAAGAGGCACAGAUUGCCUGGCUUGGAGUUAUGCAAAGUGGGAAGAAGAGUUUGGGUUAAGAUGGUUAUAUGUGUUUUUUAGGGAUAUCUUCAGCAGGGAUGAAGGUAACUAAUUUCUUAGUGGUACCAUCUCUCUUGGGAGACCUCCAAGCAGAAAAAAGGGGAGCAGUAACACUUCAGCCAAAUUCUUACCAAUGCCUGCCCAUAUUAGCAUAUGUUCUCCCCUGAUCUACAGCAUUUAGCCCACAGACUUGGGUAUGUAUCAUGGUCUCUAAUUAUGGUCCCCUAGCUUGAAAAAACAGCAGCCAAAGCAAGGAACUCAACCCAUGUCAUUUUCCAGCUUUGUAUUAAAGAUACAGGAUAUAUAUAUAUAAUUCCGAAUCAUUUUUUACAUGGCAAGUCACAAUACUGUGUUUCUAUUAUUGGCAUACUUGUACUGCACCCUUCUUUCAAACAUUGUCCGUCUGAUUUCAAGGUGGUCUCCCAAUGAGGCAGUUUACAGAGCUUGAUCUAAUCAUCAGACCAGGUUAGGUGCCUUCAGGUGCCAUUGUCUGGGCCAUUUAAGUUGGUGUAUAAUCUGGAUAGUGAAUAUAUAAUCAUUUUAUGAAUACAUGCCAUAAGAACUGGUAUUUGCCCUCCACAGCAACCCAUGGAAACCCAGAAUAAUAUUUGCCGGGGCAGAGAUACAUUAAGCUUCAGCUUAGCAGGGGCAAGUCUCUUUGUUUCAUUUAGUAUAACCAUUUUUGCAUCACAAACACACACAAAAAACCUGAUGAAAGAGUAUAUGGGAAGAAAAUAUUACAUAACCCAAUCAAAGAUUUCAUAGGGAAAGACUUAUAUCAAUGCCAGACGCUCCCCUCUUUUGAAAUCUCCAAUCAGGGGCUCAAGUGUGGCAUGGAAGUAAUGACGGCAAUUGGUGUGAAUUGUCAGAUAGGCAAUGGAAGCAGAUACCUCAAAGUUAAUCCUGUGUCACUACUGUAUUGUGUGAAUAAUUGCAAAACUGUGUGUCUUCCCAAGUGCAUUUCAUCCAGCACUCCCAUAAGCUUCCAUGAUUGGCAGCCUGACCACUUAGAUUUUUUUAGGUGCACUCCAAACAGUAGAGCUGUGGGUGGUGCCUUUUCACUGAUUCUACCCCACCCAACAUAAAGGCUUAUGCAGCUGCUCCAACAUCAUUCAGAAUACCUCAGAAAUGUCCCCUGCCCUCUUGUGGGGUCUCUUAACAUAGACCUUUGUUGAAUUGAUUCUCAGGCUUCAAUUGAAGUUUUGAGAGUAAACAUUAAAACAUAUACACAUCCCCCUUUUUUCUUCAUUUGUACAGGAAAGAUACAUUUUUGACAGUGGAAGUUUCUAUAACAAACAAUUAAGUCUUACAAGAUUUCCCUUUACCUUAUAGCAGAGGGAUCCUCAGCGUGGUAACUGUGGUUACCAUUGUGCCAUCUGGUAUUUUUAGAAAGUGGUGGGGCAAUAUGGGACUCUUCCCCAGCUGGACUUUAGAUUGGUCACUGGAGUUCUCAUUAGCUAAACAGAAGUAAUGUUGUUUCAGUGGUGGUCACCACUAUUGUGUUGAUUUUAUUCUCUCUCACACCUUUACACCUUUUCUUUUUAAAAAUUACCAGCACUUGAACUUCCUCUGUAUGCCUCCUGUGGUCGCACCCACUAAUCUGAAUAAGAAUCCCAAAGGUGUCCACUGGUUCAAAAACACUGAGUCCUCCUUGAGUUUGAAGUCUCUAUGAAGUAAACCUGUUUAUACCAAAAUGCCAUCAUAUUUAAGUCUCACUGUGUUUCCUUCAAUCAUUUGCUUAUUCAUUUCUAAUAUCUGCCUUGAUUAUGAAGGAACACAAACUUAUCAAAGUAUGUAGCUAGACUUUGUCCAUCAGAAGGCUCUUAGACCAGGAGUUCUUGAUCUUUUUGUGCCUGCACACACUUUUUGGAAAAUUGAGAAUAGGGAGUGCCCACCACUACACAAUGGGGAACACAUUAGGCAUUACCCACAUACAUUCUCAAUAAUUAAAUUUGACCAAGUUAUGCAUGGCAGAUGCCACUGUGAGGCUAUUGAAAAUUGUGUUGCCUUGGUGAGUUCUGUCUCCCUUGUAACAUCUGCAACCAGACAGCCCACAUUAUGAUUGGGAAACUUACACCUGUAGACAAUGUUGCUGGACAGGGGAAGUGUUGCUGUAUGUUGCAAGGGAAAUAUGCUUGGGAUGGCAUUUCCAGGGUACAUAUAAUUUGUAGCUAAGCCUGACGCAAGGGUUGCUUCAAAUGUCAUCUUUUUUAAAUCCAGAAAUAGUCUGGAUGUCAGAAACAAUCCAUGUUUCAUAUAAUUUCCCAUUAGGUAUACAUAUUGUUGAGCCAAUGAGUUGUGUAUCAGGAAGCUGGAUUUGAAGUUGCUCUGGGAUAGCCUGCUAGAUGUUGCCAGUAGAAUGAUAGAGUACUGCCCAGUUCCUUCUCAAGUGGUAUAUAUGAUAUCCUGAAGCUAGCCAAUUUAGAAAACCCAAAUAUUAUAUUGACCUUCACAAAAUAAAACUACCUCUUGUAGUCUGAA